UUUUUCUUUAUUGUUUGAUGUUUACUUCAAAAUAUUGUAUGAACGCACAUGUGCUUACUAUUAGUUUCAUAAUAAUUUUCUAAAGUAUUAACUAAAAUGGGUAAAAAGGAUAAAAAUAAGAAAAAAGGAAAAGGUGCAGAAAAAACUGCUACUAAAACCGAAAAGAAAUUAUCAGCGAAACAAAAAAAAGAAUUAGCAGCCAUAGGUGAGGAAAGUAUUGAAGCAAUUGUUGCUCAAAUUGAAAAAGAAGAAAAAGCUAGACAAAAAGUUGUAGAAACUGUUGUCUCACCACCAUCAAGAAGAAGUAAUUUUUCAUUUGUAUCUCAUCCUGAUAAAGAUGAAUUAAUUUUAUUUGGAGGGGAAUACUUCAAUGGUCAAAAGACUUUUGUCUACAAUGAUUUGUUUUUCUAUAACAUUCCUCGUAAUGAGUGGACCGUUGUGAAAGCACCCGGUGGUCCUGCACCAGUAUGUGGUCAUCAAAUGGUUGUUACCUCAAUAAAUAAAGGACAGCUUUGGGUUUUUGGUGGGGAAUUUACAAGUGCUACUCAGUCGCAGUUUUAUCAUUACCGAGACUUGUGGGUAUAUCAUCUACACCAAAAAAAGUGGGAAAAAAUAACUGCUCCUGGUGGACCCAGCGCAAGAAGUGGGCACAGAAUGGUUUGCUUAAAGAAGCAAAUAAUUGUUUUUGGCGGUUUUCAUGAUAAUUUGAGAGACUACAAAUAUUUUAAUGAUGUAUAUGCGUUUAAUUUAGAAACUUACCAGUGGACUAAACUUGAUAUAAGUGGUAUCGCACCACCGCCACGAUCUGGUUGUAAUAUGGUACCAUUACCUGAUGGCAAAAUUGCAAUAUUUGGUGGAUACAGUAGAACUAAAUUAAAAAAAGAUGUUGAUAAAGGACAAGUUCAUAAUGAUUUCUAUUUACUAACUCCAGAUAAACAUGAUACUACCGGAACAAAAUGGAAAUUUAUUUCAUCAAAACAAGGUGGUAUCAAAAUAUCACCUCGGUGUAGUAUGCCAAUUACAUGUGCACCUAAUAAUAAAGCCUAUACUUUUGGUGGCGUUUUUGAUGUGGAAGAAAAUGAAGAGGAUUUAUCUGGAAAAUUUUUCAACGAUCUUCAUUGUUUGGAUUUAGAAAAGCUGGUUUGGAGAACGAUAACUUUAAAUAAAAAAUCAGAUAAACCAAAACGUAGACGAAAAGAUAAAGGCGAAGGCGAAAAUAGUGAUGAAAGUGGUGAUGAAGAAGAUGAAAUGGAAGUUGAUGAAGAAACCGCUCCAAAAGAAACUACAAUUGCAGAUGAUGGAAUUUUUACCGUAAAAAUAGGUCCAUCUACAUCUACAAACGGAUCUGUAUCAUCAAGUGCUCCAUUAUCACAAGUUACUGAAUUUUGGCCAAGUCCACGAAUGAAUUGUGGUAUGGCGAUAAAACGGGGCAUUUUAUACAUUUAUGGCGGUAUGAUUGAAGAUGGCGAUAAACAGUUAACGUUAAAUGAUUUAUAUUCUCUAGACUUACAUAAAUUAGAUGAAUGGAAAACUGUAAUUAAAGAUGAUUUAUCACAAUUAGAGUGGUUCGAUUCUGAGAGUGAAGGUGAGGACGAAAGUAGUGGAAGUGAAGAUGAAUCGGGAAGCGAAAACGAAGAUGAAUCAGAUAUGGAAACAGAUUAAUAUUUUUAAGUUAUUGUACUAAUUUCUAGGUUUUAAUAAAUUU